AUGACCAAAAUCGCUUAUGAUAAGUCGUUGAGUCUAACUAAAACAGCAUUAUUAAUUUCUGGUAUACAAAUUGAUCCAAUAAACAACAGAUUUAUAGAGAAGCUAUACCAAUAUCUGUUUUAUUUUAAUAUAUCGUUCGUGUACACUGACAUAAUUAGCGAAUUUAUUUGGGUCUUUGACGGAAUAAAAACUGGUAAAAGUUUUCUAGAACUUUCUUUCGCAGGCCCUUGUAUAAUAAUUGCUCUUUUGGGAACCGCCAAAACUAUGUUUCUAUAUUGGUAUAAAAGUUUAGUUCAAAAAAUCCUCGUUCAAUUGAGUGCUAUGCAUCCAGAGGCCGACGAAGGCUUGCCAUCUAUAGAUUUAGAUGAAACUGAAACGAAGAUUGUGAAAAUUACAGUAAAAUACCUGAAUCUUGUAAUUCUACUUCUAUUUUAUGUAUCCACAUCAGUCAUUGUGGCGUUUUCUCUUAUGCCAGCUAUUAUGAUGGCAUAUAGUUAUUAUAAGAAUGGUGAAACUGAGUUUUUAUAUCCGUAUCCUGUUAAAUAUUUCUUCAAUCAUGCCACUAAAGAGAGGUGGCCUUUUGUCUACGCUCAUCAUGUAUGGUCAACUGUACUAGUGGGGUCUUUUGUAUUCGGCUCAGACACAUUAUUCUACGCUCUCUGUGCGUACAUACAAAUGCAUUUUAAAUUGUUGUGCCACCAUUUUGAAAAUAUGACAACAGAGUCAGCUGGAGACACGAGGAGACAGUUGGCUGAGUAUGUCGUCAGACACCAGGAACUUAUAAAGCUGGUGGACCAGGUGGAAGUUUUGUAUUCAAAAUCGACUCUGUUCAACCUCAUCACGAGUUCGAUUCUUAUAUGCCUCAGUGGAUUCAAUAUAACGACCCUGGCGGAUACAUCGGUGGGAAUAUUGUUCAGUAUAUUCCUGUACAUGAAUUUGUCACAAAUAUCUUUGCUUUGUUUCUUCGGAGACUUGAUUAUGACUUCGAGUACAGCACUAACGACCGCGGCAUAUAACUCCACGUGGUACGAUACACAUGAAGACAUAAAGAAAUGCGUGCUCCUAGUAAUUGUUAGGACACAGAAGCCGUGCAAACUGACAGCUGCUAAAUUUGCCGAUGUGAACAUGAAUGCGUUUACCACCAUUCUAAGUCGUUCGUGGUCUUACUUCGCUCUUCUAAGAACCGUAUAUAAAGAAUAG